GUAGUGCACGGACUCCGGCGGACCCCUCCAAAAUUCCCCAAAUUAAACCCUCGCUCGCCGCCCUCCUCCGCCUCCGGCGUCACCUCGCCGGCACGCCGUGACCCACCAUGUCCAUGGACGACUGCUUCAUCCCGCUCCCCUCCCCACUCCAUGACCGCUGGCGGUGCGGCUCUCACCCCUGCCUCUCCCAGCUAGAUCUGGACGACCGCGCGGCCGCCGGUUCUGCCUCGCAUGGCGUCCCCAGGCGCAUCCUGCGGAGCCCUAACCGCCCACUCGCCGUCCCCCCGAGGCGCCCCCCUCCUCCCCUCGACCCGCUGCCUAAGUACAAGGGGGGUUCGCUGCAUGCCUUCCCAGAGGAGGAGCCAAAGCAACACCAAGUCGCAGUUUCACGCGCCGCUUCAAAGGGGAGAUAUGCAAGGUUUAAAGAGAAUUUGAAUGCCAAGCCACAGGAGACGAAGCAACACCACCAUCAAGUUGCUGUCUCAUGUGCCGCUUCAAAAGGGAGGAAUCGAAAUGGUUGGAUGUCCCAUGAGAGGAGCACUCCUGAAGGUAUCAAUAUGGAGGAACAUGCUUUGAGGUUUCAGCCUCUGCCCCCAGCCAGAUGGACGGGUGACUUUGACCUGGCCUCCAUCGGAAUUCCACCUGUAAUUCGAAAGAGGAAACCUCCGGAGGUGAGGAAUGCACUCCGCGAAAGAAGAGUCGCUGCCAAGCAAAAGGAUGCGCGCUACCACGCAGAGGUGGCCCUGCGUAAAUACAACCGAGCGAACAACACCAAGUUUGAGCUGGUGGAGGUAAAAGUGAUAUCUAUAUUUUACGAGUUUGGAGGGGGCGGCGCCCAUUAUAACUUCACAGCUAAGCAGCCUGAGGACCAGCAGAAUGCUGAUGCCGACAGUACCAAGCUAUUCUUCUCUGAAGUCGACCUCUAUUUCCGGAGUGAGAAUGAUGUGAUCAUGUGUUGUAUAGUUGGAGAAAAUGAUGCAGGGCGUUGCUAUGGCUGCGAAAACCGCCAGCCUGUUGUUCACCCAAGCAGCGAAGCAUAUGGCGGUGGUAGUAGUACCUGUAUUGACUAUCCUGGUUCGGACGGCGAUAGCGACAGCGACUAGUACUCGAACCCUGGAGGCUAGUGCUGGCUUGUGUGGCCAGUCUUCUCUGGCGAGAACAAUCAUGGCAUGGAGUUGAUCAACUUGAGAAAUGUGUCAUGUGGGAUGGAGGACCUGAGUCUCAACUGAAUGUUCUUGUGUGUUACCAAUAUCCGAUAAUGACAUUUGCUAUUGUGGUU